CUCUGGGGCUUUAUUUUAUCAGUUUACCUUCCAUGAAGCAGUUUCCUGUCUAAAAAAUCAUUCCUGGUGCUCCAGUGAUGUGUACAGCUGCUCUGCAGAAACUGCUCCCUGACCAGCCCUAUCAAAGAUACCACUUAUUUUCAAAGCAAAUCGGUUUUAAAGCACCCUCUGCUGACUGAGUGCUCCUCCUUUGUUCCCCUCAACUAUGUAAGAAAGCCCCUAAUUAGGCAGCAGGCUUAUUUUUAGUACAAUCACACUAAAAUGGCAUAAUUUGUGAUUAAUGGAAAACCUAUGCUCUCCGUAGAAGAGAUCUGAUUAACUGUAACUAGAAGAUGCCAUCUCUGAUAGGUACCUAGGGUUACUAGUGUCAUUUGCAUGUUCUGUUCUGUUCAGUGGGAGGCGACUAGAUGAAGCUGUAAAUCAUGCUCCUCCAGAUACGCGUUGCAAAAACCGGUUAAAAAGAGGUCCCAGUAGUCUCUGGUACAAGCAAAGGAUCCAGUCACAGGGUAAACUACUUCUCUGCUGUCUGAAUUUUCCAAAAGGUUUGCAUUGCUGAUGGUGCUCGUCUGUUUUUGUUCUUGCUGCUAAGCACUUACCUAUGAGAACCUGUCUCUGAACAUACCUCCACAGAAAACAAAGCAGGUGGUGUGCACCUACACAGUAGAUGGGAUGUAAGCUUAACUCGAAAUCAAGAAAUAUGAUGGGGUAUGUACAUUUGAUAUUCCUAUCUACCUUCCUCUUGGUUUCCGUGACAUCAGAAUCAUAUGAUGCAAUGGAAAGUGAGGCUUUAGUUGUAAGAUGUCCCCUACGAAAUUCAGCUGUGAAAGUCACCUGGUAUCACACAGACACUAAGAAAAUAAUUCCUGAAGAAGAAGAGGGAUCACGAAUAUUUUCAUUAGGAAGAUUUCUUUGGUUUCUGCCAAAUUCUGUAGAAGAUUCUGGAAACUAUACUUGUGUUACACAUUACCCGAAUAAUAGCACAAAAGAGUUCAACAUCAGCGUGAAGGUGCAUCCAUACAAGGAAGGAAUAUGUUUCCCAAGCCGGAUACUUUAUCCAAAUGACACUAGAAGAGGAAGAAUUGUUUGUCCUACAUUUGACAAUUAUAAGAAUGCUACUAUGAUCCAGUGGUAUAAGGAUUGCAGACCUCUUCAGGGAGAGAGAUAUUUGAAGAAAGAUAAAUAUAUUUAUAUUAGUGACCUGACAAAGGAGGAUGAUGGUUAUUAUACUUGUCAUUUUACCUACACUCACAGAGGAAAUGUGUUCAAUGUAUCAGCUACAAGGAUCUUUAUAAGUGAAGCAAAACACCUGUCUCUACCUGCUCAAAUUUUGUUUCCAAAAGAUAAAGAUGUGAUAGAAGUAGAGCUUGGUGCUCCUUUGUCUCUGAAAUGUCAGGCCCGUCUGGGGAUUAAGAAACAGCCUAUAGAUGUUGUCUCCUGGGAUGUGGAUAACAACCCAGUAAUACACAUAGAUACUUCAAGAUUUCGUGAAGAAACUCAUUUUUUUGAAGGACAAGCACGAGAAUAUUACAAAGAGGCAACUUUGCACAUCACUGAAAUAAAAGAGGAGGAUCUGCAGUCAAAUUUCACAUGUGUAGUGAUGAAUGAAAUGGGAAAUACAAGGGCCACGGUGACAUUACAACUCAAAGCACAAUAUGGGCCGAACCACAUUGAGAAGAAAUCCCACAGCCUUUAAGAGGGUUUAGUUUUCUAUGAGAGAAUGGUGGAAAGAGUAAAAUCAAGCUUAUUGUGAUCAAAGGGCUUACACAAUUACAUGUCCUGUUGUCCUCUUGACUGUUUGUAACUACCUACAGGGUUAUGGCUUCAAGCAGAGUCAUAUUUCUGUGCUGCAGCCUAGACUAGAAGGAAUGUAGUUGAUUUAUAAUAGAGAAGGGAGCAUCAUUGAGGAGGAUAGCCCAGAAUUCCCCAGGGGAAGGUGAGAGGGGAUGUUCUGACUGGAUAUUACCAGGUGAGUGAGAGCGUGGCUUCUCUCAGGAGGCUGGGUGCAUGUCAGCCUUGUGCCAAGUUAUGAGUGUGGGAAUGUACUUACCAUGAAGGGGAAGGAAACUGAGUAACACUUCCUGUUCACUCUAGUUCAGGCAAUGCAAUCAUUUAUUGACCCUAUACUGCAAACUAGAAGAAGGAAAGGCUGCAUGAAGAGACAAGUAUAUUUGAUAUUCUAUAUUUGUGAAGUGAUUCAUGAAAUCUUAUUUCUGCUGUAGACAAAUCUUAUUUUAUUUUUAUCCAUAGGUCAUCAGUAAAUGUUCAGGAAAGCUCUUGACUGUGACCCCCUUUGCCGCUGUCUAUUUUAUGUGGAUGUCUAUGCCCUUCUUGUUGCUGCUAUUGUCAAGAUGCCUGCUUCUGCUACUCCUCAUCACUGUUGGUGUGAGCAAAGCUAAAUCCAGAAAUGGCUGUGCACUGCUUUAAUUUUCUUUACUUGCUCCUCAUACAGCUCAGCAAUAUUUAUGCUAAAACAAUGAUAGCUUGCCUCUGAGUAUAAUAAAAAUGCUGCAUAGAUGUCUUGUGCCUCACAUCUUGUAAAUAUGUAAUAAAGACAUGUACUCUUCUUUUUUGUUUCUUUUUGUUUUAAAUGAUUUUUUUUAAUAUCUAUGGUCAUCUCUUAGUUUUUCCUACAGCAUAACUCAUGUCUCCUAGCUACUGUCCUGUUAGUGUGCUUUUUACGCAAAUUUCCGCUCUGUAGUGUGAUUUUUUUUUUCCCCCAAGGUAUUUAGUAUGGGUUACAUUGUUAUUAUUUGUAACACAGAUUUGUGAUAAGAAGUAAGAGAUCAAUAGAUGGUGCCUUUACUACUGAAGUUACUUGCGGAGGCAUUACAUGGACUAGUUAAAUUGUGUUUAGCAGCACAGGUGACAGGUUAAAGAAGGAAGCAAAGAUGCUGUAGGUAACUGCAUUUAAGCUCCUCUGCUUGAAUCUGUUCUGUCUUACAGUCUUCAAAAAUGCUGAAUGAAUAACUCACCACAUAGAAAUUUUCCUGGGAAACCAGGAAUUAAAUCUAAUCUUCUCAGUCAUAAUCAAAUACUUUAAGAACUAGCUCAUUUUUAGCAGUACCUUUAUAACAAAUUUUAGCAAUUUGAUUUGUUAACAGCUGUCAUCUACAUAAGAAUUAAAAGUUGCCAGACAAGAGAGAAGAGAAAAUAUGGGGUUUCUGUCAGAGUCAGCUGUUUGGUUUUGUCUCCAUGACAAACAAAAAUACUAAAUACUGCCAGGAAAGGGCAAUAUGAAAACCUUCCUUCAAACUUAUUUCCUGUCUUUUCUCUCCCCGCUUUGCCUGAGGCUGUUUGGUAUCUUCUGACUCCUUUACUAACACUUGUUCAUAAAAAAUACCCUUUAUGUCUCAUAAUACUUUUUAAUACCUUAAAGUAAUUGGUAAUUAAAGUAAUACCUUAAAGUAUUAGCCCAUGAUAUGGGCUGUCUCAUUUCCUCCAGAUCUUUCAGUCCUGUGCCUCCAUUUAUAAUCCCAGAAAUGGUGAUCAUCCCAUGUUUUACAUUCUCCCCCUGCCACAGGACACAAUCUCUGAUGUACACUGAGAUCAUCUCCAUAAGUUCUCUCUGGUCAGGGUGAAGAAUUUGCGAAAGGUUUUCAUUACAUUUCUUCCUCCUUUCCUGGCCAAGAUGUAGCUAGUCUUGCUGGACACCUGGCAAGAGGCAGCAACUCUGCCUGCAGCUAAACUAGGUUACCCUCCACAGCCGCUUGUUAUCUCUAAUGCUGGAAGAUACCACCUCCUUGCACCACAGUGCUGGUGUCCAAGCCAGCUCAGAUCACUGAUAACUGCAGUGGGUAAAUGCUUACGAAAGUAGCGCUGCUGUCAGGGGUGGGAUGGGAGGUGGCACGACACCAUUAACUCCUGACAGGGAAGCCAUGACAAGUGGAGAAACACUGGAAGUUUUAACUCUUUCUACCAGCAGAGCUCAGUCAGGAAAAGAACAUUACCUCAGCAUCACAUCUAAUCUGUCUUCUCAGGAAUUCAGAAGCUGUCAGAAUAUCUCCCAAGUGUUUACCUUUUUAUUAACAAAUAAAUUGCCACUAGCUUCUAGUUCCUCAUGAAAUCACAGAAUCACAGAAUAGUUUGGGUUAGAAGGGACCUUAAAGAUCAUCUAAUUCCAACCCCCCUGCCAUGGGCAGAGACACCUCCCACCAGACCAGG